AAGGGCGGGGUUAAACGAGAGAAAAGAAACUGUCGUUAUCAUCAUGGCGGGAUACAUGAAAGAACGAAAGCGUGUAAUGUGUACAAGAGCCGAGUCCAUAUUUUUUACGGUGCUGCUUUUUUGUUUACCUCAAACAUCAUCACAAACUACAGGUAACAAGCCAACAAUAAUCGAUCUCAGAGAUGGAGAAUCAUAUGCAAUAGCAGGGACCAACCUGUUCUGUUACACAAACACCAUUGUCCCAAACUGGAGGCAAACUUGGACAAGAAUUCAGGUCAGAGUUUGGAGUCUGAAGAUGUUCAAGGUAGAAACCGUAAGAGGUGAGGAAGAACUGCAAGAGCUGGAGCGCUUCACUCUCUGGAGCUGGGUCCAGGGUUUGUUGCGUGAAGGCCACAAUGAAACCACUAUAAACAUCAACCUGUUCAGCAACAAGACAUGUUUCAAGAUUGAACCUACUGACGAGACCAAUUACACUGUCAAGUCACUACGCAAGUUUGACAUCUAUUUAUUUAUUGUUUUCCUCGCUGGAGUAAUGCUGUUUGCUUUUGCCGACUCCCUAAGCAGGAGCCAAAUCUUCUUCUACUCUGCUGGCAUGGGUACAGGAAUGAUUGCUUCUCUCAUCAUUGUCUUUUUCUUACUGGCUCGGCUUUUGCCAAGGAGAAGCCCCUUUUAUUUAUUUAUUGUUGGCGGCUGGUCAUUCUCUGUGUACACCAUCCAACUUGUCUGUAGGAACCUCAACCUGAUCCUUCAAGAACAUUGGCAUGCGGCUUUAGGUUACGUGGGAGUGGUUGGCUUCAUCAGUUUCGCUGUGUGUUACCGCUACGGCCCUCUGGUGGAUGAAAAGAGCGUCAACAUUCUGUCAUGGACGCUGCAGUUGUUCGGCUUGCUCUUCAUUUAUCUAGGAAUUCAAAUUCAGCAAGUCGCAUUUGCCAUUAUUGUCGCAGCCCUGCUUGCUAAGAAUCUGGAGUACCCCAUCGUGAUGGCAGUCGUUGUAGCGAGGAAAAUCCGACACUAUAUUCACUGGAAGCCGGAGAAGCGUCGCCUGUUGACAGAGGAAGAGUAUCGCAAGCAAGGGGAGGAGGAGACUCUGCGUUCCCUGGAAGAGUUGAGGAAGUACUGUAACAGCCCAGAGUUCAGCCCAUGGAAGGCAGUAAGCAGGCUUCAGUCCCCCAAGAGGUUUGCUGAUUUCAUUGAGGGGUCAUCUCACUUGAUGGCAAAUGAGGUGUCUGUUCACGCGCAGGAAUAUGGCUGCAGAGAUUUUUGGGAGAACGACUUUUUUGACACAGAUGAUGACGACGAAGACCCAUCCAGCCUCUGCCAAAACCAGGGUGGAGCAACUCGCAUGCCUUAAAAAAGUGAACCUUGAAUUUCUACCCUUUGGAAAGGUCGACACUACCACUCAAGACUGUUGAGCCACUGGGUUGCAGAAGAAGUUGUAGGCCAUUACAGACUCAAGUGUGGUCAUUUUUAUUAAGAUGAUAUAUUUUUUUCACAAUGUACGGUAGCUGGAUUUCCUCACAUAGGGCCAAAGACUUCUUUUAGAAUGAGAUCAAACAUUGAACUUGGAACACGGUUUAUGGGAGUGUGAAUUUUUGUGACAGCAUAUGACUGUAGUAUACUGCAGAUAGAGCUGAUAAAGUUUUAUUUUGAAGCA